UUGAAACGUAUCACUGGAAGUUAGUCUGUUUAUUCUGAGAGAUUGUCUGCAGAAAUGUGGAGUUUCAGAGCAGCAACAGCGCAGCUCUCAGCCUCUUACAGUCCGACGGUCCGCGCUGCAACAGGAACGAGAUUCAGUUCAGAAAAGUGACUUGGAGACAUUUUCAGAGAAACGGAGAGAUGAAACUCAGAAGUGAGCCUGAACUACUGCCUGAUUAGAAAAGAAGCAUCUAAGAAGUCACAGUACCCGUUUUCUUUCUUUCUUUCUUUCUUUCUUUCUUUCUUUCUUUCUUUCUUUCUUUCUACUGGGGUGAUGCGUCCCGGUUCUGCUCUAUGGACUGUACCUGCUGUGAUGGGUCGAGCCGGGAGAUGAGCGGCGGGCAGUGUGGGGGUGCCAAGGGCGCAAGAGGAGGUCUAGACGUGUAGGCUGCAGGGGAGAGAGGGCUGAGCCUGCCUCAUGUGUCGGGGCUCCUCUGUGUUCUGGUCCCCACCGACCCCCAUCCUCCCAGCAUCAGUGGGAUGUCCCAGGUGUGUCUCCUGUUGCCCUUGCUCAUGCUCUGCAGCUCCACAAAGGUCUCCUCUGCUAACUCUCUGGAGCUUGUGAAGAAGCAGUGGAGCAGCUACAGGAACCAGUGUCUGGACUACCUAAACGCCACGCCCCCUGCUACAGGGCUGGUGUGUAACAGGACCUUUGACUUGUACGCUUGCUGGCCAGAUGGACUCCCAGGAUCCACAGUCAAUGUCUCCUGCCCGUGGUUCCUGCCAUGGUACCGUAAAGUUCAGCAGGGUCUGGUCUACAGAGUCUGCACCGAAGACGGUAAAUGGGCCAAAAAGAACACCAGUGAAUGUGAGGACGACCCCGGUGAGCAGCACUAUGGCCGCAUCCUCAGUCAGUUACGGAUCAUGUAUACGGUGGGCUACUCUCUCUCACUGGGAGCUCUGCUGCUGGCCCUGGGAAUCCUCAUCUCCUUCAGGAAACUCCACUGUAUGAGGAACAACAUCCACAUGAACUUGUUUGCCUCCUUCAUCCUGAGAGCGGUGUCCAUCCUGGUUAAAGACGCUCUGCUGACGCUCACUCUGGACCCGAGGAGCAGCAAUGACACCCAGACACAAGCCUGGGUCAGCAUACCGGCUGUGUCGUGGUGUCGUGGUGCCAUGGUGAUGAUGCAGUACAGCGUAAUGGCCAACAACUAUUGGCUGCUGGUGGAAGGUAUCUACCUGCACAGCCUCCUGGUCAUCACAGUGUUCAGUGAGAAGAAGUACUUCCACAUUUACCUCGCCAUUGGCUGGGGUGCACCUCUCAUUUUCGUGUCGCCGUGGAUCACAGUGAAAUAUCUGUAUGAGAAUGAGGAGUGCUGGGAGAGGAACAUCAACAUGGGAUACUGGUGGAUCAUUCGCUCUCCUAUACUGUUUGCUUACCUGAUCAACUUCUUCAUUUUCAUCCGAAUUAUCAAAAUUCUGAUGUCUAAACUUAGAGCUCAUCAGAUGAGAUACACUGACUACAAGUUCAGACUGGCAAAGUCCACACUGACGCUCAUCCCGCUGCUUGGGAUUCACGCCAUCCUCUUCACCUUUGUCAUUGAUGAGUCCGUCCCUAAAGGCUCCAUGUUGCGCCUCAUCCGCCUCUUCUGCGAUCUGCUGUUCAACUCCUUCCAGGGCCUGUUGGUUGCCAUCCUGUACUGCUUCGUCAAUAAAGAGGUGCAAUCUGAGAUGCUGCAAAAGUGGAAGAGGUGGAAACUGGGUAAGGACAUUGACGAAGAGUACCGGCACACCCACAGCCACACGCCGCAUGUCAAGAGCGGCAGCAUCGCCACCGGCAAUCUGCCCGAUCCCCACUGCAACAACGGCAGCGAGACCAGCGGCGACUUGCCUCACCUCAACAAAGCUGACCGAGGCCCAUCCUGCUCUAGCGCCCCCGAGGAAAACCGCCGACUGGUCGUCUCUUACAGCAACGGAACAGGAAAAGGCAAACCCGCCAAGAGCAAACACAUCCUGCAUUUCUCUUUCCAUCCACACCGCGGCACCACCAGCAACACGACAGAACAUGUAUGCCUGGAAGAGAGGGUGCAGUACCGAUCAUAUCCUCUGGAAGGAGAGGAAACUAACGUGUGAUGACUGCAUUCCUUCAUCGCGAAAGCUCUGAUUGUGCUUAUCGGUGUCCCAGAUCAGUUUUUAUCAUGCACCAACAAGACAGCUUGAGUGUGAAAAGGAAGUAGCCUGCAUGGAUCAUUAUGUUCACUGCUGACUACAUAGCAGCAAAUGCUGUUUAGCCUGCAUAGCUGCAAAUUAAUAUUUUCUGGUUUUGGGACCUUGAGUGAAAAAAACUUACUGACAUCAGACAUCAGGAAUGAUUAAGUAAAUUAAAAUGAAACUCUGCUGGUGUUCAGUGUGUAUGUCCAUAUUGAGGGUUAGGGGUUAGGGGUUAGGGUUAGGGUUAGGCCAUUUUAACACCAACCCUGAUCACAUCCUUCCAUCUGUCCGGCUGUUUGGUAAAAGGUUGUAUUUAUAUAGUGCUUUUAUCCAAAGUGCUUUACAUGAUACGUCACAUUCACCUAUUCACACACUGAUGGCAGAAGCUGCCAUGCAAGGCGCUAACCACGACCCACCAGGAGCAAUUAGGGGUUCGGUGUCUUGCUCAGGGACACCUCGACAUGAGCUCGAAGGGCCAAAGAUCAAACCGGCAACCUUCCAGUUACAAGACGGCCCUCUACCCACUGAGGCAUGCCAGCCCCCAGCAGCGGUGGACGCUUCUUUCCUUACACAACAACCUCUCAGUGUCAAAAUAGGAUUUUUUUUCUUUUCAUUUAUGGUCUUAUGAAACUGAAUGUGGAUUGCAGUGUACAUGAUAUUUGAUGUCUUCUUCACAGAGGGUCAAGAGAUCAGCAGAGGUGAGCGAUUCGCUGGAGAGCACAGAAUCUUAUGAGGAGAAUCAAUGGGAAGCUUUUCACUUCAGUAACUAGAGCAAGGCGAGCAUGGCUCCCUAAUGAGGUUCUUGUUGGGGUGUAGCUAACUAUAGCUUCGACCGCAGUGUUCAGCUGUGGAGGUUUGUUAUAUUAGCAAGUAAGAUCAAUUUUACCUUGUUGAUGCCAACAUUUGAGAGGAGAGGAUUGCUACUCGAUGAAGACAGAGUUUAAACCAAUCAAUGUGGAAAUCUGCAUAGCAAUUUUUGAUUGUGGCUCAGAAGUACCUUUGAUGGACUGCGUUCCAAUUGCAUACUUUGUCUUUUUACUUUAAGUACAUACUACAACCGCUGUUAUUGCGUACAUACUGUUUCAUGUAGUAUGCACUGAAUUUGGGCAUACUGCUUAAUCAUGAUGAUCAUAUUUAACUGUGACCAUUGCAGUCUAUUGUGCGAAAUUAGUUUUCAUCUGUCUGUGUGCAUAUGAUGGUUCAUAUCAUUAUUUAUACUUGUGUGAAACUCCAUGGCAUAUGUGGCAUAACUAUGCAGAGGAUUGUGGGUCAGAAUGGACAGACAAGUCAUGCUGACUUGCAUAUUGCAAGCUCUAACCAGAUGUGUAGGACAUCCUGGUAUUUUUGGCAUUCGACAUUUGGGUACUACACCUUUCUCUGGCAUACUAUGUAGUAUGGUAGUACGGAUAGCAGAAUACAGCCUCAGCACACUCUACAGGGUCUUUUGUUGCAGUGUGAACAUCAACAAAGGCUUCUAAAAUCAUCCACAAGCUUCUGUGGUGGAAAACCAUCCAAUGUCUGCCACGGUGAGGCUGCUUCAAUGACAAUGGGUGCUUUUAUUUUCAGAAAGACUGUGCUAUAAUGUUUAAAUUAUUCUGGUUUCAAAUGACCAAAGCCAAACAAGAAAAUAAUAAUAUAUCACAGGUUUCAUAUCAGUUUCUGCUGUUUCUUGCCUUUCCUUUCUUUUUGUACCAACACCAUCCUUGCAACGUGCAUUUUUAAACAUAUUUUUUGAUUGAAUGUACAACGGAACAAUAUGGGUGAAAAUAUCUUAAUGUACAUAUGUAAUUAUAAAUACAUGUUUUAUCCAUACCACCUGAAUUUAAUUCUUGAUUUGCCUUCGUGCAUACUCAGAGUGAAGAUCAAUACAUGACGCAGUGAUGGGUAACUGGAGGGAAAGCAGUUUUUUAUUUUUAGUGUUUAACUUCAGUGAAAAUUACUCCAGAUCACUGUCAUCACACUAUUUUCUUCAUUGUCCACGUAGUGCCACAUUUUUUUCAAUGAUACAGUAUUCUUUAGAAAGAAGAUAGGGAGGUUUAGUAUGUUGCAGGAUAUGUGACUGGUACUUUGUGUUGGACUGAACAGCCCAUUAACAAUGGAGUAAUGACGUUUUAUCUUUUUUUUUCUCCUGCAAAUAGGAUGAGCACUCAUACCUUCUGAUACAAAGUAAAUGGUGCCAUGCAGAGCCACUUUUUGUGUUUUUGGAAAUAAGAAAUUAACUGGAGCCAGCAACAGUUUUCACAAAGAGAUCCUGACUUUUUUAUCAAGAGCUGAGAAAACUUAUUAUAUCUGAAAUGAACAAGAGUGUGCUGUGCAUUGUAAAUACCGAUAAAGAGAGUAAUAUAAAGACAAGUGGGUGAAGGGGGCAUAUUGUUCUGUGUUGUUGCUUUCAGUGCAGGUGAUGAAAUAUGAAAACAUGACUAAUUAUUGUGAGAAAAGACUCCUGUUUCACAAAACGUGAUUGUAAAGGUCAGAUCCUGUCUUUCUACUGAAAAUAUAGCAGCUGUCAGAAGGAGCCUAAAGCAAACAAUGUCAUUGAGAGAAAAGAAAGAUGUUUUGUAUAAAAGCCAAACUUCCUGUAUCUCAUGUGUCUCUGUGGAUCCAAUUAAAAAGAAUUCUUUCAGCAAA